AAAGCGACAAAGCCUCUUCCGUUCCCUUCUAUCUCAUACAAUGGCACUCUCCGACGUCUGCAUUCUGUGUGUAUUAGUAGCAAUCAACAUGGCCCUGCCGGCGCUGGCCAAAGUCUACACCGUCGGAGACACCUCUGGUUGGGCGAUCGGCGCUGAUUAUGGCACCUGGGCUAGCGGCAAAACCUUCCAAGUCGGUGAUUCUCUUGUGUUUAACUAUGGAGCGGGGCACACAGUGGACGAAGUUAAAGAGAGCGACUACAAAUCCUGUACCACCGGUAAUUCGCUUUCUACAGACAGCAGCGGAGCCACCACCAUUCCCCUCAAGACCGCCGGCACCCACUACUUCAUAUGUGCUGUUCCCGGACAUUGUAGUGGUGGCAUGAAGCUAUCUGUUGAUGUUAAGGCCGGAAAAGCCUCUGCUCCCUCCGCAACGCCUUCCCCCGGGAAGGGCUCGUCUGUCAGUGAUACCCCAACCACCACCACCCCAUCUUCCUCCUCCACCACCACCCCAUCCUCUACGACACAAUCGUCUUCUUCGGCCGGGAGCAUUUCGCCCGUUGUGGCUAUUCUGAGUGUUUCUUGGGUUUCAUACGGCGUGUUGCGCUUUCUCUGAGUCAUGGCUACACAUUCCCCUGCUCCGUAUUGCCAGGACAGAGGCAGUGCUUUCAUCGUCUUUUUUUAACUUGCUCCAUCUACUGGUUGCUCGGCCUAUUUUAGUUUAUUUUUCAUUUUUUAUUAGUAGUAUUUAUCCUGAUCUAUGGUUCCAUUUAUUUUAAUUAUUUCUCUAUUUUUCUUGCUCUCUUGUUAUUGUGGGUGUCCUCUUGAGUAAUUAUUCCAAGA